CUCGUCGGCGCCGCGAGGGGGGGCGGCGCUCGCGGGGCGGGGCUGCGUCGCGCGGCGAUGGCGCUGGGCAGGCCGCGGCCCAGGCGAUGAACCACCACUUCGCGUCGUCGUGGUUGCAGAGGCUGUCGGAGAAGCUGGAGCAGCUGACGGAGUGGUCGUGGGCGCAGAACCGCCAGGAUGCCUGCAGGAUCAGCACCGGAGCCUGUUCCGCGAGUUCUUCAACCCGUCUUUUCAGAAGACGCUGGCCCUCGUGGAUGAGCAGAAGAAGGAGAGCUUCCUCAAGCUCAUAGAGAGGCACCUCUACAAGUUCGACGACGCGACGCAGCAGUUCCCCCUCGGCUGCCUCUGUGCCCUCCUCCUGCACGGGAAGGACGGGCACCAGGCGCGGGACAAGGUGGUGGCCUGGGUGGAGUUCCUUCUGCAGCGGCUGCAGGGCAGCCCGGGCCCGGACGUGGUUAACCAGGUUGUGGAGGAGUGCCUGUCGGCGCCGUUUCAGAAGUUCGUCCCGCUGAUGGAGGAGGGCCUCCGCGCUCGCCUGGCCGACGGCCUCGGCGGCCCGCUGCAGACCGUCAGCGAGGAGACGCAGAAGCGCCUAACUGACGGGCUGCCGCUGGUGCUGACCAGGAUCGAGAGUCUCGUGGUCAGCUGCACGGCCGAGCUGAACGACUGGCUCACGUCGGCGCCGCGCUUUCCGCGCACCCCGAUCGCGUUGGUGGACACGCUGACGAAGCUGGUCGAGCCCGAGCUCGAGGCCCUGGGUACGGAGCUGCAGAGGCGCCUCUUCACGAUGGACGGGAACCAGGUCAUGGAGAUGUGGCUUUCGUCGCGACUGAAGAAGUACAACGGCGAAGUGGUGACGAGAUUUGCGACCCUGAUGCUCGACCCCAUCCGGCCCGAGCAGCUCCUCCACAGGCUGCUGCCGCUGCUCCCCGCCAGGACCGACGCCGGGGAGGUGGAGGCCGGCUGGGUCGCCCUGGACAGGCCCUCCGAGCUGGCCAGCGCGCUCCUCGCCUGGAUGGCCGAGUGCGUGCCGGGCUCGUUCUGCCCCCAGCACACGCUCCACCCGCAGACGCUGAUGACGGCUCCCGGCGGAGGCUCUGCCCUGUCGGGAGGGGAGGGCCACGACGACGGCGGCGACGACGACGACGAGGGGCUUGUGCUCCCAGCCCGCGGAGCACGCUCGGAGGCAUCCCCGCCGGACCUGCUCCGACUGCCUCCGGCCGCGACCCUCGCGAGCACCCACAUGAGGAAGACUUCCGCCAGCGCUCGCGCGAAGAAGGCAUCCACGAAUACCAGCUUGAUAAAGACCUCCACGUGCACCCACGCGAAGAAUGCCUUCACGAACAUUCCCACGAAUGCAGCCCCACUGGCGGCCAGGUCCACGAGCGCCCUCCCGACGAAGACCUCCGCGAGCACCUUCUUGAAGGAGGUCUCAACGAAUGCCCGCGCGGAGAAGACCCUCAUGAGCACCCGCGCAAGGAAGACUUCCGCCAGCACCCGUGCGAAGCACGUGCCGUAA